AUUUUAGUUGCAGAGAGAAAACAAAGGGGACGAGUGAGAGAAAUGAGUAGAGUGUCAAAGUUAGUGAAGAAGAGCUGUAAUGGAUCGGAAGGGUUCGAGUUAAAGAGCGAGCGUAAGAAGAAACCUAGUUCUCGGAAUCCAUUGAAGGACCUAAACAGCAUCAACAGCAGCAGUUCUUCUCUGUCGAUUGAGGCUCCAAGAGGUUGUUUAAGCUUCGUCCUUUCAAACUCUUCUUCCAAAACCCCUCUGCAUAGACCCAAAAAUCUCCCCCAAACCCCUAAAUCAGCCCCAAAUCCUGGCCAUUCACACUGCAGACCCAAACCCCCAACUAAACAACUACCCUGCGGCGGGGCUAUUUCAGGAAAUCUAGAGAAACCCAAGAGAACCUCAUGUCUGUAUCAGUGGCAAAACAAUAAAAAGCGUAGCUUUCGAGCAAAUCGACAUUCAAAACCCUCACCACAUUUUGAGGGCAAUGGAUCCUGUGUCAAUGAAUUGGUUUCUGGGGUAUGUUUGAAGGAAGAGGCUUUGAAAGAGAAAGAGCCAGUUGAGACAGCUGAGUCUUCUGAACCAAGAUUGUUGAGUCCUGAAGUAGAUUUAAAGGAAGAAGGAACUCCUGUGAAUAAGUUGGCACAGGGGUCUGGUUUGGAUUCUACCCCUGGUAAGGAUAUAGAAGAAGAAAACUCAACAGCAACCAACACGACACCCCCUGUUCAGGCUUCAAUAUCUCCAGAGAUCCAAUGUGAGUCAUUUGUGGUUUCAACACCUACUUGUUUUGGAGCUGGUCAUGUUCUUUCUGGGGUAACUGACAAGAGGAAAUGUAGGCCUAGAGGGUUCCUCACUGUAGGAGAUGAUACGGUGUUUUGUAAAGAUGGGGCUUUUGAUGGCCUUGAUAAUAGUAAUGAUGCGGGGCAUCUCAAUAUUUCUAGGGUUUCUUUGGUUCCUGUACCUGCUGAAGCUUCAGUGCAAUGGUUCUUGCCCCCCUGUGAUGAGGAGGGAGAGGAUCACAAGGGCAGUUCUAGAAAAAGCUCACCUGAAUCUGGGAGGUUUCUGGGAUUUUCCUCAAUCCAUUCCCCGUCUUCAUCUUGCUCUCGUCAUGGGUUUUCUUCGGAUAUUUGUAGUAUCAGUAACAAUGCAAGUACUGCUACAACUACAACUAUCUAUGGUAGAGGGAAGAGGAGACCUUCAUUGGUUUCUCCAAUUGGUUGUUCUUCAUCAUGUACGCCUGUGCCUUCUUCUACUACAUCUAAUCACAAGGAUGGUUUACCGCCAGAAGAGAGAAGAUACCGGUAUGAUAUAGGAAGAGAGAAUUCUCCAUUCUCUUGGGACUCUUUGGGUAGUGGAAAUGUGAUGUGUACACCAGAGUCAGAUUCAAGCCCAGAUAUUAUUCGGUUUGGAUUGUCUUGGUUGGACGGGGACAAUCAUCAAGAGCAUCAACUUGAACUUAAUUCGGUGGUGGACUGUUUGCACAACACACAUUUGUCUCCCAAAGUCAAUCAUCAAUGUGGGGUGUUGCUGAUGUUCCACCACUGCCUGCUUCGAGUGCCCGCUUCUCAUACCCAGCUACACCUUUAAAUUCUGUUGAUGGGGCCCAAAUUCAGAAGCCUUUGAAUGAUUUGGAAGGAGACUUUUCAUGCUCCAGCAUUGAGAAUGUCUCACAGUCACAGAUGCGGAUAUCAUGGAGAGAUGGAUUAGUCAGUCGUGUCUUCGAGAUGGAAGAAUCAAAUUGCUGCUGCGGGUUCUCCUAUGAAGAACAAGAAGCAGCAGUCAGUUGUUGUGGUAAUGGUCAGAUAAAAUCUGAUCUUAAUCAUGAAGUUAGUCAGAUCGCUAGAGAUAAUCUAGCAUUAAAUGAUUGUUUUAAGCCUCUUGAAUCUGCAUAUGAGGAACCUGCUAUUGAUGGGGAAGACAAAGUAAAGAUCCCUCCUGAGAGAUCCAGUGUGUGCAGAGUCCAUAAGCACUGAGGGAGGUGGAUUGGUUACAUCAAAUGACUCGGAUUGGUUGUUGUGUUUCAAAAACCAGUUAUUUGAGGUAUGAUCUUUAUCAUAUUUUAAUCUCUUUCCUAUAAUUCUGUCUA